AUCGCCUUGAAAUCCGCGCAGCUCGAAUUCUUUUGGAUAAUGAUCAUUAUGCUAUGGAGAAGUUAAAGAAGAGAGUUUUGGAGUACUUAGCUGUCCGACAGCUUAAAAACAACCUCAAGGGACCCAUUCUUUGUUUUGUGGGGCCUCCAGGAGUUGGUAAAACUAGUGUUGGAAGAUCAAUUGCGAAGACCUUGGGUCGAGAAUUCCACAGAAUUGCUUUAGGAGGAGUCUGUGAUCAGUCUGAUAUUCGAGGCCACAGACGCACUUACGUUGGCAGUAUGCCUGGCAGAAUAAUCAAUGGACUGAAGACCGUUGGGGUUAACAAUCCUGUUUUCCUGUUAGAUGAGGUUGAUAAACUGGGGAAGAGCUUGCAGGGGGAUCCUGCAGCAGCCUUGCUUGAGGUCUUGGAUCCAGAACAAAACCACAGUUUCACCGAUCACUACUUAAAUGUAGCCUUUGAUCUGUCCCAAGUCCUUUUCAUAGCUACAGCCAACACUACAGCUACUAUCCCACCUGCUUUGCUGGACAGAAUGGAAAUUAUUCAAGUUCCAGGAUACACACAAGAAGAAAAAAUUGAAAUUGCACAUAGACACUUGAUUCCUAAACAGCUUGAACAACAUGGCCUGACUCCACAACAAAUACAGAUUCCUCAAGUAACCACUUUGGACAUAAUUACCAGAUACACUAGAGAGGCAGGAGUCCGCUCGCUGGAUCGGAAGCUGGGAGCUAUCUGCAGAGCAGUGGCAGUGAAAGUGGCAGAAGGACAGCACAAAGAAACAAAGCCAGAUCGUGCUGACGUGGGCGACGGAGAAGAUUGCAAAGAGCAUGUCACAGAAGACGCAAAACCAGAAUCCAUCAGUGACACAGCUGACCUGGCUUUACCACCCGAAAUGCCGAUUUUAAUUGAUUUCCAUGCUUUAAAAGAUAUCCUGGGCCCACCCAUGUAUGAAAUGGAGGUGUCUGAACGCUUAAGUCAGCCAGGAGUAGCCAUAGGCUUGGCCUGGACUCCUUUAGGGGGAGAGAUCAUGUUCGUAGAAGCAAGUCGCAUGGAUGGUGAAGGUCAGCUUACUCUGACUGGUCAACUUGGAGAUGUUAUGAAGGAGUCGGCACAUCUGGCAAUUAGUUGGCUGCGCAGCAAUGCAAAGCGAUACCAGCUGACCAAUGCUUCUGGAAGUUUUGAUCUCCUUGACAACACUGACAUCCAUCUGCACUUCCCAGCUGGAGCUGUCACAAAAGAUGGACCAUCUGCUGGUGUUACCAUAGUAACCUGUCUUGCUUCACUCUUCAGUGGGCGGCUGGUGUGUUCAGAUGUAGCCAUGACAGGAGAAAUUACACUAAGAGGCCUUGUUCUUCCAGUUGGAGGAAUUAAAGACAAAGUCCUGGCAGCACACCGAGCUGGACUGAAGAGAAUUAUCAUUCCGCAAAGAAAUGAAAAAGAUCUUGAAGAAAUUGCAGUGAACGUACGGCAAGAUUUGACUUUUGUUAUGGCGAGCUGUCUAGAUGAAGUUCUUAAUGCAGCUUUUGAUGGAGGAUUUGCAGUUAAGCCUGGAGUUGAGCGUUUCAACAGUAAACUUUAAGGAGACAGGCUGAGAUUACUUCUGUACCAAAUUUAAUAGAAAUCACUAUCAGCUAUAUAUGCAUCAGGUAUAAAUAUGAGCUAACUUGACUGUUUAAAUGGGGGUGUAAAUGCAAUCAAAACUAUUACUUCAGCAGCUAACAACUGAAAACCACCUUUUUAUGAGCAUUUGCUGCUUUUUACUCUCAUCAGCAAAGAAUCUUGGACAAAAAAUACUUGUUUCCUGUCAGAUUAAAGCAUGAACAAGCUGAAGCUGGUGAGAAAGAAUUCUUUAGCUUAUCUGGCAGAUGUAUACGUCAG